AAAAGGGUAGUAAGGGUGCCAAAUUGUGAAGUGAAGAAGAAGGUGUGCUGAGGAGGGAAUCAAGGAAUCUUUUGAAGGGUGAAGAGAGUAAAGAGGUGAAGUGCUGGUGGGUUUUCCUCAGAUUUCUUCUCGGUGUUGAGGGUUUGAAUGGUGGGACAUGUGUUAUGCUGCACUUGAAGUUGCUGUUUACUCAGAUUCCGUUUACUUGGACUUUUAGAGGAUGAUAUCCUGAUUAGUGAUUUCGGGGGGAAACUGGACAUGAGUAUGCUUGUGGGGAUAUGCUCGAACCGCGAGAAUCUGAUAUACCCGUUCUGUUUCUGGUCCUGGUUGUGCUUCCCUUGGUGGCUUACAUCUUGCUUGGAAAAUGGAGUGAAACUACUAAGAAGAGAGAUAGGAUAAAUUUGCUUGCCCAUUUGGCUGCUGAAGAAGCUCUGAGAGCUGAAGAAAUGGCUGUGGCUGAUGUAAUUCCUCCAGUUUCUGCUUCAAAAAAUGAACAUCAUGAGUGUGCUAGGUGCUCUGCUCCAGCCAGAACUCGAUGCUCCAAAUGCAAAUCUGUUAGAUAUUGCUCUGGAAAUUGUCAAAUAAUCCAUUGGAGGCUAGUUCACAAGCAGGAAUGCCAGCAACUGGAACCUCAUAAGUCAAGCUCAUUUCCUAUGGCUGUUUCAGUUGAGGAAUUUGGUCAUGGGAGUUAUCUUUAUGAAAAUUUGAACAACCAGUUGUUAUCUCCCACUUUGAAGCAGACUUUAAGGGAGAGUGCACCUAUGGACAAUUUGAUUCACCCUUUGGUUGCCACUGCUGCUCCUGCUACAGCUGAUUUUCCCCUAUUUAAUAAUUUUCAACCUUCCACCUUUGAACGAACUUCCCAUAAACCCAACAGAGAAACACGGAGAAGAGAUAAUGGGUCUAUAUAUGAAUCUUCUAUUGAAUCUUCUGAUUAUAAAGCCACCAGUUCUCUCCCAAGUGUGGUAUCAAAGGAGGCAUUUAUGAGACAGAAGUCAAGAAAUAGCAAUGAUUCUGUGUUGGAGGAAGAAGUUUCGAAUGUCAAUUCUAGUGGUUUUGGAGUUUACAUUAACAAACUCGAUGCAUCAAGAACCACAAUUCAUGAGGAUGAAAACCAUCAAAAUCAAUAUGGAAAUGCAUUUGUGACAAGAAACAAAUAUGGACGCCCAAUUAGUGACAACAUUAUAGAUGAAUUUCAUACCGAUAUUGCCGCAAAAGGUGCAAAUGUUGUCAAAGGGGGAAAUUAUCAUUCUGAGGAAACAGCACAACACAAACGCUCUUCUGAAAUGACAAUCAAAGGAAGUGUGAAAGCUAAAAAAGCAAUGCAUACUCCCAAGACUAAAUCUUCUAAAUCACCGAAGUCAACAUCAAAGAUAUCAACAGAUUUUUGUUGCUCCGAAAUAGAGAAGAAAGGAAAAACUGCAGAUGAACCAAAAGUUGCUAGUAUUAGUGAUAGCAUCCCUUUACAUGGUAAUGUUAGCAAUGGAGCUGCUGGUACUGGAAUUAUGAAAAUGAUGGGCUUGAAGAAAUCAACCAAACCCUGCCCUCCAGCUUCUACAGAAGGCAUUGAUGUAAAGUUCAAGAAGGUGAAGAAGAUAAAGAUGUUGUUUCCUUAUGAUGAAUUUGUAAAGAUUUUCCAGAGUGAUAUAUUUGGCAUAUGCCCCAGGGGCCUCUUAAAUUGUGGGAACAGUUGCUAUGCGAAUGCUGUCUUGCAGUGCUUAACUUCUACGAAGCCUUUAGUCGUCUAUCUGCUUUAUAGAUCUCACUCAAAAGCCUGUUGUGCUAAAGAUUGGUGUCUCAUGUGUGAGUUAGAGCAACACAUAAUGAUUUUAAGAGAAAAUGGGGCUCCUCUAUCCCCUAGUAGGAUACUCUGGCAUAUGCGGAGCAUUAACUGUCAAAUGGGGGAAGGAAGUCAGGAAGAUGCCCAUGAAUUUUUAAGGCUUCUAAUUGCAUCAAUGCAAUCUAUAUGCCUGGAGGGACUUGGUGGUGAGAAAAAGGUUGAUCCUAGACUACAAGAAACCACUUUCAUACAACAUACUUUUGGUGGUCGUCUUCAAUCCAAGGUUAAGUGUUUGAAUUGUAAUCAUGAAUCGGAAAGGCAUGAAAACAUUAUGGACCUGACGCUGGAGAUUUUGGGUUGGGUUGAGUCACUUGAAGAUGCGCUAACUCAGUUUACUUCCCCUGAAGAUUUGGAUGGAGAGAAUAUGUACAGAUGUGGAAGGUGCACAGCAUAUGUUCGAGCUAGAAAGCAACUCAGCAUACAUGAAGCUCCUAACAUCUUGACUAUAGUUUUGAAGAGAUUUCAGGAAGGAAGAUAUGGCAAAAUUAAUAAGUGUAUAACUUUUCCCGAAAUGCUGGAUAUGAUUCCUUUCAUGACUGGGACGGGUGAUAUCCCACCACUUUACAUGCUUUAUGCUGUUGUUGUGCACCUGGACACACUAAAUGCAUCUUUCUCUGGACACUAUGUUUCAUAUGUAAAAGAUCUGCAAGGCAAUUGGUUCAGGAUAGAUGACACUGAGGUUCAGCCGGUGCUAAUUAAUCAGGUCAUGUCAGAAGGAGCAUAUAUCUUAUUCUACAUGAGGUCUUGUCCCCGUCCUCCAUUAGAACAUACCGGGAAAGCCACACAAUCAGUUUAUGAUGCUUCAAAGCACAAUCCAAUGGAAAUGCAUAAGCCUAAACCUGGACAUGGCAGGCAGGGCAGCCAGUUUUUUGUACCAGAGCCAUCACCCAAUGUCAAGCCGGAAAUGGUGACUCGCAUUGUUGACACCACUAAUGGCUUCCUUAGAAAGAGCACCAAUAGGAAUGCCCUGCCAGUGACACAGACUUACGCUGAAAACGUCAGGCAUGAGUUUUCAGACGCCACAUCAAGCGACUGGUCCCUUUUCACAAGCUCAGAUGAAGCUUCUUUCACAACUGAGAGCACCAGGGACUCCUUCAGCACUGUAGACUAUGGUGAUUCAUGCAACAUGGAUCCAAUUUCAUCUAUCUUCAACUACACCCCAGAAAAGUCCUAUAUGAAGUUUUCACAUAGUAGACCAGUUACCAGGGUCUUCCCUGAAAAGGGUAAUGUUGAACAAAUACAGAGAAUUGAUCAGUCUAAAAGGGUCAGCCAUUCUUCUUCAAACGAACAUCCUCCAAAUGGGAAUUGUGGGAUGUAUGUAUAUUAUGGGAGUAAUCCUGUGUGUGGUACUACCCGGACUUCUAGUCAGUGUGAAUUUUAGUCCUUGGAAAUCCUAACUUAUUGAACUGAUUAUUAGAUGCUGUAGGUGUUGUGCCUCAAAGUUUUCAAUAUUUAGUUGAUUGAGGCAUAUAGUUCUUUUAAGCACAGAUGUAUUUUAUUUUUGUUUUUAUUGAUAAUUGUAAAGAUGACAGCAUCGUUCCUUGGUUUAUCUAUUAAUCCACCAAAGUCUUUUCCUAGUGCU